GGAGGGAGGGUUUGGUCUGCGGGCGCAUGGCCGCAGCAGCAGCAGCAGCAGCAGCUCCUCGGCGCUGACUCGGUCUGUUUCCUCCACACCGACAACACACCCGCGUCUGUUGCGCUCACGGUUCCUUUUUCGCGUGUGUGUGUGUGUGUGUGUGUGUGCGCGCUGCGGAGUGACGGGGAACAUUUCUACCCGGAGACUGUGCGUUUACGCGCGGAGCAGGAGACGUUCCAUUCACGGUUGUUGUUGUUCCUCCGCGGAGCAGGAGCCGGAGCAGGAGCGCGGGACCGGGGGGAGGCUGCGGGUUCGACCGGAGCCGGAGCUGCGGGGCUGAGGAAUCGUCUCAUCGGCUUCUUGGUCGAUCCACAGAGACCUGGGGCCGGCGACAGCGAGACGACACAAGGACUGUGUGGAACAUUAAUUCUCUGUUUUUAUAUAUACUUGUAUAUAUAUAUAUUUUGUGUAUAUAUUUCCUUCUGAGUAUAUGCAGCGCUGCCUCCUCUCUCUCCGGGGAACUGAGAGCGAGUUGGAGAAACUGUCCGCUGCGCUGCGCGGAGUUGGAGCCGCGGGAAGAAGAAAGACUGAAGAACCAUCGUGGAUUUAAAAAAACAAACAAAACCCAACUGCUUCUUUUGCUCAAGACAAGUGAAGGAAGGGGCCGAACGAUCUGAAUGAGCAAGUUGUGAAAGGAAAAACAUUCAGACACCGAGGGAGGCGCUUUACACCUGUGCGGGGAGAAGUGCGCUCUCGUCCCGCUCCAACCCAACAUCUAACCCCCCAGACACGUUCACCCCCCACCCCGGGGAGAGGGACCGUACUACUCGACUCGUGCCUUGGUUCCUCGGGAGUUUCCGGUGCGACGAUGCCGCAGGUGGAGAUGAUCCUCUGCCUCCUCGUCCUCGUCGUCGUCGGCGUGUGCGUGCGCGGCCAGGACCCGGCCUCCAAGGUGGUGUCCGACCGCUACGCCGUCUCCUGGAACCGGACCAACCCCAAGUUCUACCGGGGCGACUACCACAUCGACGUGUGCAUCAACGACUACCUGGACGUCUACUGUCCGCACUACGUGGGCCCGGUGGCCGACGAGCGCGCCGAGCGCUACGUCCUCUACAUGGUGAACUACGACGGCUACAGCUCCUGCGAUCACACGGCCAAGGGCUUCAAGCGCUGGGAGUGCAACCGGCCGCUGUCGCCCAACGGGCCGCUCAAGUUCUCCGAGAAGUUCCAGCUCUUCACCCCCUUCUCCCUGGGCUUCGAAUUCCGUCCCGGCAGAGAGUACUAUUACAUCUCCUCCAUCACCGACGACAAGGGGAGGAGGAGCUGCCUCCGACUCAAAGUCUUCGUCAGGCCUCAAAACAAUUGUGUGAAAAGCUCCGGCAGCCCGCAGGAAGGGGUCGACUUUGACGACAGCAACCACAACAGCCUGGAACCCAGAGACGGCAUCAGUCACGAGUCUCCAGAACCGUCCCGGAGGGACGUCAACUCCGCCGGUCGGCGCCACACCCCGGUGCUCCUCCUCAGCUCCGCCCUCAUUCUCCUCGCCGCCAUCUUGUCUUUAUAGCACCUGGUUCUGAGGAGUUUGCGCGCCCCCCCGCCCCCCCCCCCCC